AUGAGCUAACACCGAUGAUGUCACAGCCCCCAGCUGCAGUGAGGGAGCCUUUCAUUAUUCUGAGCUGCAGGUUUGCCUUCUGACAGUGAAAGGGGAGGGAGAGGAGGAGGAGGAAGCAGAAUAGAGAAGACAAUACAAUACAGCACAUUGAGGUGUAAGGAAUACAGACCUGUGUUUCCCAUAACAGCCCAAGGGACAACUAAGUCAACAAGACAGAAUUUUUAAAACCUCACAUCAAUCAAUCCAGGCUUCGUGCCUUGGGGGAGUGUGUUCCCCCUCCUCCCCCUGUGCUGCCGUGUGUGAAAGAAACUCCCUGGAUUAAUUGAGAGCAGGCUCCGGUUACCGAGCAGAAGAUGUCUGGGAUUCAAGGAUACUGCCUGUUGGUACCCUGGCUAAUUCUAUGCUCAUUCAGCCUUGUGGCUACGAUUCAGAUUCCAGCAGAAUACAAAAUACAGAACUAUAAUGAACCUCCAGUAAUUACAGACCAGUCUCCUGAAACCUACAUAGUGCUCAGCAGUGAAGACAUUGUAAUGAGGUGUGAAGCAAGAGGCAAGCCUACUCCCAUGUUCCGUUGGACAAGGGAUGGUGUAGAGUUUGACCUGAGUUCAGAUCCAGAUGUGGUCAGGAUGAACAAUUCUGGGACAUUUACAAUCCCAAACAACAACGGUCUGGCGAUGAAGAAUUACAAAGGAAAAUAUCGCUGUUAUGCCAGCAAUGACCUGGGUACUGCUAUUUCCAAGGAAAUCCAUCUCAUUGCAGAAAGUACCCCAAAAUGGCCAAAAGAAACCAUCAGACCAUUUGAAGUUGAAGAAGGUGAAUCCUUGGUGCUACCAUGCAACCCUCCUACAAGCAGUAUACCCCAUCGCAUUUACUGGAUGAAUGACACUUUUCUACAUAUUGUCCAGAAUGAAAGAGUAUCCAUGGGACUUAAUGGAGACCUCUAUUUUUCAAAUGUAAAAGUGGAAGACAGCCAGUUGAACUAUAUCUGCAGUGCUCACUUCACAAGCACCAGGACCAUUCUUCAGAAGGAAACCAUUGUUGUCACAGUGAAGCCAAGCAACUCUGUCAAAUUUCGAAAGCCUAAGUUUAUUAUGCCUGAAGGAGAAAAAAGUAACUACCUUGCCCUCCGGGGAAAAGACUUGAAGCUGGAAUGCAUUACUGAAGGACUACCAACUCCAACAAUCUCCUGGACUCGUGUGGAUGGCCCGAUGCCAGCCGAUCGUGUGUCCUAUGAAAACUACAAUAAGACCCUCCAUAUAAACAGCAUGACCGAGGUAGAUGAUGGAGAAUAUCACUGUGCUGUGGAAAACACACAGGGUACAGCAAGACACAGCUAUAGUGUCAUGGUGGAAGCUGCUCCUUACUGGAUAAAGAAGCCAGAAAAUGGAGUUUAUGGGAUUGGUGAAACCGUACGGCUGGGAUGUGAGGUAGAAGGGAAGCCAAAACCAAAGAUCACUUGGAAGAUUAAUGGAGAACCCAUAGGAAAGUUGGAUCCUGACCAGCGACGCAUUGUGAAAGAUGGAGCUCUCAUUCUACGGGAUGUCAUCACAGAAGAUACUGCUGUUUGGCAAUGUGAAGCAGCAAAUAAGCAUGGCUAUAUCAUAGCCAAUGCUUACAUCAACAUUCUUAAACUUCCUCCACAAAUACUGACACAGAAUAACAAAGAGUACGCUGUGGUACAGGACCAGACUGUGUUCAUGGAUUGCAAAGCCUUUGGUGCUCCACAGCCUCAAGUGCAGUGGGAGAAUGAAGAUGGAGAACCAGUCCUACAAGAUGUACGUUACUUCAUCUACACUAAUGGCACCUUACGGAUUCGUAAGGCGGGAAAGAAUGACUCUGGACUGUACAACUGCAGUGCGAAUAAUGACCUAGGCAGUACAGCGAUCACAGCGGUGCUAAAUGUAAAGAAUGCUACCAGAAUAAUAGAGCCACCUAAGAAUACCAAGGUGAGAAACAACACCAAAGCCAAUUUUGAAUGCAGGGCCAUCUUUGACGCAUCUUUAGAUGAAACGGCGAUACACUGGAAGAAGGGUGGAGUUGAAAUUCAUGAAGAGGGUGAUAAUGACAAAUACUUCAUUGAGAAAGAAAAGCUGACCAUAAAUUAUGCAAACUUUAAAGACCAGGGGACAUACACCUGUGUGGCAAAUACCACAUUAGAUUCUGUGGAAGCUCAUGCUGACCUCGUGGUCAUUGAGCGGCCUGAUCCACCCUAUGACUUGAAACUUUAUGACCAUGAGGACAGGAGCGUGAGACUGGCCUGGACAGCAGGAAAAGAACACAAAAGCCCUAUCCAUGAAUUUAUUAUUGAGUUUGAAGAAGAUGUCUUUGACAAAGGCCACUGGCAAAAACUUGAGACUGUUGAUGGAAGCCUUGAUUCGGUGGAGCUGAAGCUCUCGCCUUUUGUUAACUACCAGUUUAGAGUGAUCGCUAUCAAUGGAGUUGGGAAAAGUGAUGCCAGCAAACCCUCCGAACGCUUUCAGACUCCGCCAGCAGCUCCAGAUAAGAACCCUGCAGAGAUCAUUGGAAAAGGAAAUGAUUCUCACAACUUGCUCAUCACCUGGAAGCAACUGAGAGGAAUAGACUGGAAUGCUCCUAACCUGCGUUACAAAGUCAUGUGGAGAGAGAAGGGUAAAGAGGAUCCUUGGAAUGAAACAACUAUUGAUACACCUCCACUGCUCAUUGAAAAUACUCCAAUUUUUACAGAGUAUGAGAUUCAAAUCCAAGCCAUUAAUGAUGAAGGAAUGGGUCCCCAGCCAGUUUCUCAAGUUGGAUAUUCUGGAGAGGACUUUCCAACUGCACACCCUGACAAUGUCACAGUGAAGACCAUUAACAGUACUGUCGUCAGUGUGACCUGGCAACGUGUUCCAAAGGACAAAAUUCGUGGCCACCUCUUAGGAUACAAGAUCACUUACUGGAAAGUGCAGAGCAGGUUGCAUCGUCGCAAGCGACAUACUCAUCAACAUGAAGUCAGAAUUCCACAUGAUGUGACUCAUGCCAUCAUCACAAACUUGGAUCCUUACAGUGAAUACAUGCUAAAGGUCAAAGUAUAUAAUGGGAAAGGAGAUGGGCCACCAAGUCCUGCUGUAACAGUCUUGACCCCUGAAGGAGCCCCUGGAAAGCCAGCUUCUCUGAAGAUUGAGCAUCUGUCAGACACAUCACUAAUACUGAAAUGGACACAGCCACAUAACCCAAAUGGGAUUAUCAUUGGAUACGAACUCCAAUACCAGAAGGUUAGUGACCCAGAAAGCAUCUUUGAGAGCAUCAAUAUUCCAAACCCUGUUGGUCUUAACUGGACAGUGGCUAACCUCAGUCCUACAAGCAAAUACAAGUUCUAUCUGACUGCAAUGACCAAUGGAGGACUGGGAAGGCCCAUUGUCAUAGAGGGAAGCACCAUACCUGAAAAAGUCGUUCCAACACUGAAUAAUGUCACCUAUUCCACUGGGGACAACUACAUUCAUCUGAAAUGGAUAACACAUGAGCUGGAGCAAAAUAUUGAGUUCCAAAUCCAUUACAAGAGCAAUAAAAGUGAGGACAUCCAUAAAGUAAAAGUGAACACCACUGAGAUGUCCUUAAAGUUGCAAAAUUUAGACCCAGGAUCCUCCUACAACAUAAAGUUUAAAGCCUUAAACCGCACAGAUGAAGUCACAUUUUGGGAAGAUGAUGUGCAAGUAGGUGGUGUAGUACCGUCAGAGAUGUUCGAGAGCAUUGCUACACAAGGCUGGUUCAUCGGGUUGAUCAGCGCCAUAGUCCUGCUUAUUCUUGUUCUCCUCAUCAUCUGUUUCAUCAAGCGCAACAAAGGUGGAAAAUAUUCAGUGAAGGACAAGGAGGAUGCUCACGUAGAUUCUGAGGCUCGACCAAUGAAGGAUGAAACGUUUGGGGAAUACAGGUCACUAGAAAGUGACCAUGAAGAGAAGCCAUUUACCAGCAGCCAACCUUCACUGAACGGAGAUAUCAAGCCCCUGGGCAGUGACGACAGCUUAGCAGACUACGGCGGCAGUGUGGAUGUUCAGUUCAACGAGGAUGGUUCCUUCAUUGGCCAGUACAGCGGUGCCCGGGAGAAAGAUGUAACUGGUGGAAAUGACAGCUCUGGUGGCACAUCCCCUGUCAAUGCUGUGAGAGCUCUGGAAUAGUGGACGAUAGUUCCAGAUCCGUAACGCCCACUGAACAACACACAUUCCAUCACUUGCAUCUGAAUUCAAAACACGCUAGUCAAAGGCAAACACAGUGUCACCCAGUAAUUUACAGUGUGGCGAAUGCUGACAUUUUUGGGUUAAGCAUUCUUCAGCAACACUCUCUUUUUUGUUCUUUUUCUUUUUGUUAUAGUUUUUUCGUUUUAUGGAAAAAUUAUCACACUUGUAUAAUUUUCAUUCAGGUGCCACUCUAUUCAUCUUGCCAAAUAAUUUUUAAUUUUUUAAUAAAAUCUGCUACAUGGGUAUAUAUAAUAUAUAUAUCAAACAUGCAAGAACAAAAGACAGAAGACUAGUAAUUACCAAAAAAAAAAAAAAGAAAAAAAAACAGGAUGAAGAAGAUGAAUUUAUAUCAGAUGACCCUGGAAUAGCGAAUAUCUGGGGCAAGAACUAGUAAGGACUGAAAAUAUUAAUGCAUCUGUUUCUUGUUUGCUGCAAACAGCUGUACACUAUUUCUGUAAAACAGUAUAUUCUCUGCUGUGUAUUAUUAUCUCUGCCUACAUUCUUUUCCUUCCAGCUCUGCUAUUGGUGAAAGCAUAUUUUUGAUGAGGGGUGAAAUGACAUGCUGCGCUGUCACUGUGAUGUAACAAAUCCCAUUUCAAGUAGUAUGGUCUUAUAGCAUAUUGGCUCAGGGGAGAUGGUGUUAAAGUAGCAUCUGAGGGGUGGAAGUCAGAACAGAAGGGGCUAUGACAUGAUAACAGUUGCUAAAGAAUAGCCAUUUAUGAAAGGGUAAUACUUUGUAGAGCUGCGACUAAAUCACACAGUACCCCCAAUUGUUACUGUAUGUUCUCAUGUGAUAUCUGGUGGGUAUUCCAUUAUUUCAUUAAAUUGCAUUUUCUUUCUAGUUAUGAAAAUGAGCAAAAUGCUAGAAGCUUCCUCUAGAUAAUUGUCGCCACAGAAAAGACUCACCCACAAUAGUUAUUAAAUAAAUUUAAGCACAUGAAGACCUUGAAAAUUAAUAUGGAUUAGUUUUCAUCUAAAUUUCAAACUAGAUUAAAAAGACAAUACUGCUGAAGCUUGUGAAAAAUCAAAGGUUUACAGAAUGAUUAUAUUCUGUAUUAAGUUAAAACUUAACAAUAUAAAUAUUAUUAUAUCACUUUUUUCCUCCAAAAAACAUUAAGAACUAGCCUGGACUCAUAAGAAAGAGACAUGUAAGUUUAGGAAUUUGGAGAUAAACUUGAUCACUCAUAGCCUAUUUAAAAAUGCUAUGCACAGCAUUCCCAAAAAUAUAAUUGAAAGAAAGAGUGCGAAUCCUGCUAAACAAUUGCCUACCAGCACCAAUUCAAAACAUACUGAAAUUAGUAUAUACAGAACAUGAUAGUCAUAUCAUCAUUAUGUUUUUUUACAAAAGCACUUUUCAUCAACUUCCAUGUUCUUAACUAUAUUUCCAGAAUCAGUGUCUGUCCUUCAUUUUGUCUUUGGGCAUAACCUUUUAACCUUUGGUCAUUGUGCUUCAUAGACUGAAAGUGAUCCAUGCAAAGGGAUCCCUAUCAUAAAACUCAAGUGACCCAGCAGAUGUCACCUGUUUGAAGAUGAUGAGGGGAGCUUUUAUACUGAAAUUUCUAUUACUUGGUUUCCAUGUGGCUUCCAGUGGACCAUAAUUCUAUCUCUUUCUGGUAUGUAUUGCUGGCAUACACUGGAAGGGGGUUUGGUUUGGCAUAAUGGUUAAGUCUUUAUCUCAUAAACACAAAGUACAGGGGUUUUAUUCUAACCUCAGGUUAUUGGCUAGGCUCAAAAUGGUCCUUCAGGACAGCUAGCCUAGUAUUCACCUAUAAACCUAAGAAAACACUGCCCUAAUAAACUGUAUAGGUGAUUAAGAUAACAGGUCAUGGUAUUAUUCAUCCUUGAAACAUAGCACUGCAAAUUGUCAUUGUCAUAGAAGGCUGUCCUUACACCUUUGCAUCUACUGAAUUUUGGGUCAACGUUGUACUUUUUUGCCACAUCAUGGGAAGACAGUCCCUUGUUCUCAAUAAUAGAAUUCACUAAUGCAGGAUAGAAAUAGAUUAAAAAUUGUUUAUUGUGACAGCGCUAAAAGAAAUUUAAAGAAGGAUGUAAGGUGUAUAUUUUCUUGGCAGAAUGUAAAUAAAACUGUGGGUUUUUUUUAAGUCUGUAUCUGCUGGUAGAGAAAAUAUAGCCUAACUGUCCAUGUCUCUUAGACAAUAUACGUGCAUAUCAAUAGCUUGAUAUCAUUAAAAAAGAAACUGUCAGUGUAUCCAAUGUUCAGUAUGUUGAUAUUUAAUUUUUUUAUAAAUAAUAUACAAUGAUGAUAUUCAAAAUAAACAAAAGAAAAAUCUGCACUUCAAAGAAUAAAUUGUUAUUUGGUACCAA